AUGGAGAAUCUUUUUGAAGCUGAAAUGACCCAAAUGUUAAGCGGAAGUUUAGCAGAAGGACUGGAUUUACCAGGGAGUGACGCAGAUAUUAUGCAUUUCUUCAACAACGUAGACGUAGUUCAAGAUUUACAGAGUAUCAAACACCCAACACAACAUACUACACUGUUAAUGGAGUUAGAUAACGAUCAUCCAGGAUUUACUAGACUUAAAUUGAUAUCUGAUGAUAAGAAAAUAGAUAAACUCAUAAUAUCUAGAUGCUAUGAAAGUACUACAGAUGGUGAAUAUCUAUCAGUAAAAAAGUUUCUUAAUAAAUUAAACAAAAAACUUGCAUAUGAUAAUAUGCACCUAUCUACUCAUGGCCCCUGUUUUUCCGAUACACAUCAGACUAUGGAUUCUGGAUUUUGUCUACGAAGUAAAAAUCUACCUCACAAUGCACAUCCGUGGUCAACGCGUCCCCGACACCAAUGGCCCCCCAAUUUUGUAAUUGACAAAAUAAAAGAACACGGAUGUCUUUUAGUACCUAAAAGCCCAAGGACAAUUUCAGAUAGUCACUUAUUAUGGAGAUUGUCUUUCUCAAUGACAGAAAAGGAACUUGUACAUUCGUUUAAUUACACUCAACUCUUAUGUUACGGUCUACUUAAAUUAACAUUAAAACAAAUCAUUAACACAAACGAUGAUGUCAAUGAUUUAUUAUGUUCUUACUUUCUAAAAACCGCAUUAUUUUGGGUAUCAGAGGAAGUGGAUAUUGAAAUAUUACACUUAUUAAGACUGUUUGAUUGUUUUUUCCUUUGUCUUGAUAAAUUAAUAUUAUGGACACACAACUGUUUCUGUCCGAAUUACUUUAUACCUGAAGAAAACAUGUUCCUAGGAAAGAUUGACAAAAGUAACAAUAAAACACUUCAAGGUGUACUGGAAAAUAUUAAAUGUGGUGGAAUUAAUGGAUUGAUCAAUAAUUUAUUUCGGACUGAUGUAUUAAGUACAAAGAGGGAACAUUCGUUCAGUAUAUUAGACUUUUUUUUGUACAAGAUUUCUGGAUCGGUUAACUCCGCAACCAGCAUUUCUCGUUGUUUGGAGUUGCUACGAUUUGCUGAAAGACUUCAAAUAUUAGAAUCGUCUAGAUUUAUCAUUGAUUCGUGUAGAUACUUUUAUGGCACAAUCAGUCAAUCUGCAGCACAGUGCAAACAGCCACUAUCAACAAUAAGGAAUACUAGCAACUUACAUAAACGUUGUUACAGACAUUUAAAAGACGGUAUUAGGACAGAUGCUGUGUCGGGUUGGUUGUUGUGCGCAUCCUUUUAUUAUGUGAUGGGGCAUUACAAUGUAACACUUAUGAUAACCGAGUAUGCAAUAUCAAGAUGUAGACAAGAUGGUAUGGUUUACGCAGGCCGGAUUAUAGAUGAUGACGAAACAAUAAAAAGUUACAGACAAAUCGUUCACUCAAAAAUAAAAUUCAAUGAUAGGAUAAAAUUAGCAACUGUAGUCAGUGUUCGUUAUUUAAGAAAUUCGUUAUUAAUACCAGAAGAACUACAGCUUGAAGUGGAGAACGAAUUCAUACAAAUACCACCAGUUGUUCUGUCGUUUUGUCUAACAUUUUUAAGUUAUCAUCAUCUUGGUCAAAUUGAUAACAGACAACAGGCUUUAAAUGAUUUGCUUAAAACAAUUAAAGAAAAAUGUUUUUUUGCAUUCUACGAAUUAUCUGAUUCAAUAACGAUACUUGGAGUAUGUUAUGAAAUAUCAGGCGAUAAGCGCAACGCCUAUGAGUGUUAUACCAUGGCUCUACAAUGCGAAGGAUGUGUAUGCCGUUCAGCAGAAGCAAGGAAAUUAGAACUUGAUCGAACUUUAAAUAAAUAA